UCUUUGGUAACAAGAAAGGUUUCCUGUACUUUCACUAUUUAUACACACAACCCCCUUACCCAAACCCUCACAAAUCCCCAAAUUCACCCAAUUCUUCGAUCUCAAUUCACGAAUCAAUCAACAUGAGCAAUCAAGCGGAAUCAUCGGACUCUAAGGGCACAAAGCGCGACUUCAGUACGGCGAUUCUUGAACGGAAGAAGGCUGCUAACAGGCUGGUUGUUGAUGAAGCUGUUAAUGAUGAUAACUCUGUUGUUGCGUUGCAUCCUGAGACCAUGGAAAAGCUUCAGCUUUUUAGAGGAGAUACUAUUCUGAUUAAGGGAAAGAAGCGUAAAGACACUAUUUGCAUUGCUCUUGCUGAUGACACUUGUGAAGAGCCAAAAAUCAGAAUGAACAAGGUUGUCAGGGCUAACCUACGUGUCAGGCUCGGUGAUGUGGUCUCCGUCCACCAAUGCCCCGAUGUCAAGUACGGCAAACGGGUGCAUAUCCUUCCAGUUGACGAUACGAUCGAAGGCGUUACUGGCAAUCUCUUCGAUGUGUAUCUAAAACCGUACUUUUUGGAAGCAUACCGGCCCGUGAGGAAAGGCGACUUUUUCCUCGUUAGGGGAGGAAUGCGAGCGGUUGAAUUCAAAGUUAUUGAAACGGAUCCUGCAGAAUACUGUGUGGUUGCACCGGAUACCGAGAUCUUCUGUGAAGGUGAGCCUAUCAGAAGGGAGGACGAAGAUCGAUUGGACGAAAUCGGUUAUGAUGAUGUCGGUGGGGUCCGCAAACAGAUGGCGCAAAUCCGUGAGCUCGUGGAGUUGCCGUUAAGACACCCGCAGCUUUUCAAGUCAAUCGGUGUCAAACCACCGAAAGGAAUCCUUCUUUAUGGGCCUCCUGGAUCCGGUAAGACUUUGAUAGCCCGGGCUGUCGCAAACGAAACCGGUGCGUUCUUUUUCUGUAUAAACGGGCCCGAAAUCAUGUCGAAGAUGGCUGGAGAAAGUGAGAGUAACCUCCGAAAAGCGUUUGAGGAAGCCGAGAAGAACGCUCCGUCGAUUAUCUUCAUCGACGAAAUCGAUUCCAUCGCUCCGAAAAGAGAUAAAACAAACGGAGAAGUUGAACGAAGAAUCGUCUCGCAGCUUUUGACUCUAAUGGACGGGUUAAAAUCACGUGCUCACGUUAUCGUUAUGGGCGCAACCAACCGUCCCAACAGCAUUGACCCUGCGUUGAGGCGAUUUGGCCGGUUUGACCGCGAAAUCGAUAUCGGUGUUCCUGAUGAAGUCGGUCGUCUCGAGGUGCUCCGCAUUCAUACCAAGAACAUGAAGUUGGCGGAAGACGUCGACUUGGAAAAGAUUUCGAAAGAGACGCAUGGGUAUGUCGGUGCUGACUUGGCGGCGUUGUGUACGGAGUCAGCUCUUCAGUGUAUUCGUGAGAAGAUGGAUGUGAUUGAUUUGGAAGACGAGUCGAUUGACGCUGAGAUUCUUAACUCAAUGGCGGUUACGAAUGAGCACUUUCAAACUGCUCUUGGUACGAGUAACCCGUCUGCUCUUCGUGAAACGGUUGUCGAAGUUCCUAACGUUAGCUGGGAAGAUAUCGGUGGGCUCGAAAACGUUAAACGAGAGCUCCAAGAGACUGUGCAAUAUCCGGUUGAACACCCUGAAAAAUUCGAGAAAUUCGGUAUGUCACCAUCUAAAGGAGUUCUGUUUUACGGGCCACCCGGGUGUGGUAAAACGCUUCUAGCCAAGGCUAUAGCCAAUGAAUGCCAAGCUAACUUCAUCAGCAUCAAGGGUCCAGAAUUGCUAACCAUGUGGUUCGGUGAAAGUGAAGCUAAUGUUCGUGAGAUCUUUGAUAAGGCCCGUGGGUCCGCCCCUUGUGUUCUGUUUUUCGAUGAGCUCGACUCCAUUGCUACCCAGAGAGGAAGUAGUCAAGGAGAUGCGGGAGGUGCAGCUGAUAGGGUGUUGAAUCAACUUUUGACUGAAAUGGACGGGAUGUCAGCUAAAAAGACGGUUUUCAUUAUCGGUGCAACUAACCGUCCUGACAUCAUCGAUCCAGCUCUUUUGAGGCCCGGUCGUCUUGAUCAGUUAAUUUACAUUCCUCUCCCUGACGAGGAAUCACGUUACUCGAUCUUUAAAUCUGCUUUAAGGAAGUCACCCGUUGCGAAAGAAGUUGAUCUUCACGCACUUGCUAAGUACACUCAGGGAUUCAGUGGGGCUGACAUCACCGAAAUCUGCCAGCGUGCAGUUAAAUACGCUAUCCGUGAGAACAUUGAGAAGGAUAUUGAGAGGGAGAAACGGAGGAGUGAGAACCCGGAGGCGAUGGAGGAGGACGUGGAGGAUGAGGUGCCGGAGAUCAAGGCGGCGCAUUUUGAAGAAUCGAUGAAGUUUGCACGAAGGAGUGUUAGUGAUGCUGACAUUCGUAAGUACCAGGCAUUUGCUCAGACUCUGCAGCAGUCUAGAGGUUUCGGGUCGGAGUUUAGGUUCUCUGAGACUAGCGGUGCGGCGGCUGGUGCCGGUGGCUCAGACCCUUUUGCUGCUUCUGCUGGUGCGGCUGAUGAUGAUGAUUUAUAUAACUAGCUUUAAAGCAUGACACUCUUUAUCUUGAACUUUUGUAAUUUAUGUAAACUUUAUGCUUUUGUUUUACAAGACUAAUUCUCCCUUGUUUCAUGCUUUGGUUAUUUACUUUGAUGAGACAGUGAACGUUUCUGAAAUGCUUAUGAAAGAACUUUGUAAAUCGUCUUUA